GUUACGGUCCUGGGUCAACGGAAAAUAGCUUGUCCCUUUUUCUAGACUAUUAUAGAUUUUUUUAGGCGUUUUCCCUUAUUUCAGUAAAUAAUUAUCUUUGUAUAAUAAAUUCAUUUUCGAAUCUGUUUCUAUCAGUUGUUGCUGUAGUCGUUUUGACGUAUGCUCAUGACAGAGUGCUCCACAUGAGCGUCUGCUUCAACUGCACAUCCACACGUUUACUGACUGAACACUUCACAAAUCAUAAACAUUUGGACAGCCAGUCCAGGUGUUAGGUAUGGAGCUGCAGGCUGUGCUGAUGGCAGCUGGUGGUGGGUCCAGAAUGAUGGAUCUCACAUAUAACACCCCUAAACCCCUGCUGCCUGUGGGGAACAGACCCCUCAUCUGGUACCCUCUCAACCUGCUGGAGAGAGUGGGCUUUGAAGAGGUGAUUGUCAUCACUACUAAAGAGGUUCAAAAGGCCCUGAGCACAGAUCAGCGUCUGAAGACGGAUGUGAAGAUGAAGCUGGAUGUGGUGUGUAUUCAGGAGGAAUCUGACAUGGGCACUGCAGACGCUCUCCGACACAUCCAGCAAAAGAUCAAGACAGACAUCUUGGUGGUGAGCUGUGAUUUGAUAACUGACGUGGCCCUGCAUGAGGUUGUGGACCUCUUCCGUGCCCACAACGCCACCCUGUCGAUGCUCAUGAGCAAAGUGCAUGAAUUCACAGAGACCGUCCCUGGCCAGAAGGGCAAGAAGAAAGCAGGAGAGCAGCGGGACUUUGUUGGGGUGGACGGCACAGGAAAGCGGCUUCUCUUCAUGGCAAACGAGGCAGAUCUAGAGGAAGGCCUUGUUCUCCGAAAGUCCAUCAUGUGCAAACAUCCCAGAAUGCUCAUCAAAACAGGCCUGCUGGAUGCCCACCUGUACUGCCUGAAGAGAUCUGUGGUUGAUUUCUUAGUAAACAACAAGUCUGUCAAUUCAAUCAGAGGAGAAUUGGUGCCUUUUUUGGUACGUAAACAAUUCUCAAUGUCCACCAAUUGCCCAAAUCCUACAGAUGAUUCCGAAAAGAAUCAGAAAAAACAGGAUGUUCACGCUAAUUUGGAGCUCUUGAACUGUAGUAAAGACGAGGCCCUGCUGCAGCUUGCCCAGGAGAGGUCAUGUUGGAAUGAUCACCGUGGAGACAUGAGCGAGGCCUAUCAUGGCGGAAAGCUACGCUGCUACGUUCACAUCAUGGAGGACGGCAUGUGUUACCGUGUUAACACGCUUGCCGCUUAUAUAGAGGCCAACCGCGUGGUUCCCAAGAUGUUUGAGGACCCUCCAGUCCAUCCGACAGCUGUGGUCUCAGAAUUCUCCUUGGUGGGAAGUGACAGCAUUAUUGGGCCAUCUUGUCAGAUAUCAGACAAGACGUCAAUCAAGCGCUCGACAAUCGGCGCAUCAACUACAAUCAAGGAGAAGGUCAAGAUAACCAAUUCCAUCAUCAUGAACGGUGUGACUAUUGAAGAAGGGUGUAACAUUCAAGGUAGCGUGAUCUGCAACAAUGCUGUGAUUGGACAUGGAGCCGACAUCAAGUACUGUCUAGUAGGGAGCGGCCAAAGCGUCGAGCCAGAGGCUGAAAGAACCAAUGAUGUCAUUGUUGGAUCCGAUCAGCUCAUGGAGAUCUAGAACGCUUGUGGAGAUGGGAUGGCUCUAUGAAGUACAGACCUACAGGGAUGGAAGAACCUACUUCCAUGUGCAUACUCCUUGCACAGUAUCCAUUUUUUAUGUGUCCAAAUAAAA